AACCCAGCAGCCUAUGUUGCUCUUACUGCUGAAGUUGAAGUUCAACCUAUUACUAUGCAAGUCAACACUUCUCUCACCAACUCUGAGAAAAAGAUAGCAAAGAAAAUUCUUUUUAACAACUAA